UAAUCGGGCCUACCUUUUUCCUCCGUCAUUGUUAAGUGGGUAUCAAAUUAGGGUGUUCUUAUCGCGGACGCUAUCGCUCGCCUUCUUCGUCAAGAUCCCAAUUCUUGGACAUUAACAAAUUGCUCGAGGUGGUCGCGAAGACGGCGAUCAUGGCAGCGCUGGCGCCUGGAAUCCUCCAGAAACUUCUCAAUGGCAUGGACAAGGGAGCCCAGAAGCCGGUCGGGGAGCACCGGAGCGCUCACUUGCAGGUCACCGACAUCGUCCCCGCCGACCUCGACGAGAAGGAUCUCUUCCCCAAGCGCGGCUUCUACAUCAAGCUCUCUGACUCCUCCCAGUCCCUCUACGCCCGCCUCCCUUUCCACCAACACGACCUCGUCCUCAGCAACAAGCUCCAGCUAGGCCAGUUCAUCCAAGUCGACCGGCUGGAGCCGGCCUCCCCUGUUCCGGUCAUCAUCGGCGCCAAGCCGCUUCCGGGACGCCACCCCCUCCUAGGCUCUCCCCAGCCCAUCGAGAGGCGAUCGGUCAAGGCGUCUCCCUCCGUUCGGCGAAGAGGUUCGUGGGAGCAACACCCAGCUGGUACUACUCCUUCCCCCGCUACAAUGAAGCCUAGCGCACUUGACUUCGAAGAGACCACACCGACGAGAGGCCGACCGCAUAGAAGCGGGGUCGCCGCUGUGAGAUCAUCAGUGAGCGGGCCUCUUCUUUCUAAGCUCGCGGAUGGUAAGGAAGCAGGCUCUUCUUCGGUGAGGAAAAGCUGCAGCAUCUCCAGGUUCCCGAGGAGCAAGAGCCUCCUCGAUCGAGAUCAUAAGGAUAUCAGAUUGAGCAGUUUUGCGAUAGUUGAGGAAGAUUCCUCCUCUUGUGCAUCUGAUGAAAAGAGCAGCUCAACUGCAACAGAGAGCUUGAAUUGUGGAACCAGAGAAAGUGAAGGCAUCUCUUUACCUAGAAAACUCAGGAACUUGGGAAAGGAGGCUUUGGAGCAUAGAGAUGCAGCUCAGAAGGUAGCUCUGAAGGCUCUUCGAGAUGCUUCGACUACUGAAACUGUAGUGAGAGUAGUCAAGAUGUUUUCUGAAUUGAGUAGUAUCGCGAAACUGGAAGCCCCCGCUGCUUGUCUCGAACAGUUCUUGGCAUUCCAUCGGCAGAUUGUACAAGCCGUGGCUGAUAUAGAAGCAAUUCAAGUAGCUACAAGAGAGGAAUCCAUGAAGAAGCAAAGUGAUAUGGAUGGUCCAUCCAUCUUGCAGGAAAGAAAUCACAACUCAAAGAAGCAAGAUAAACAAUUGAACGCGAGCCCCGCGAAGCACUCAAAAUCAAAAUCAAACCAGAAGGCCGCAGCUGCCUCGAACAAAAAGGAACAGCGUGACUGUGUUGCUGAUGAGGUUGCAUUGCCAAUUUCUUCCUUGGACAACUCAAUCAAAUUGGUAAGGCAAAUUCGAACUGAAGCAGGGAAAUGGUUCAUGGGGUUUCUGGAAGGAGCAGUGGAGUCGGGUCUGAAGAAAUCUAAAGGUUCUUCGAGUGGUGUUGGUGGAUUGAAGUUGGCUCCCUGCCCUCAGUCAUUGAUAUUGCGGGUCAUAAACUGGAUAGAAUUGGAGCAAUGUGGCUGCAAGAUGGCUGAUCUCCAUCCAAGAGCAUCACAAAUCGCAAGAAAACUAAGGAUAAAGGCAAAGAACCCUUGAUUCUGUAACCUCUCAGGGUGAGGUUUGAAAAUGUUACUUGUUGAUUUCAAUUCUAGCCAUGGUCAAUUUAAUUUAUUUUCAAAAAACUCUUUGUAUAGAAUCCCAUGGAGGUUUGAUUUUUCAAUCUUCUGAUUCAACCA